AUGGAAGACACGACCGACGCCACGCAGCAGACGACCGCGGCGCCGCCCACGCCGACGACGUCCACUCCACGCAAGUCCAAUGUGUACUCGCGCCUGUACGACCCAAAGUCGUACACGGGCGUCUACAAGAAGCGCUUCGAGUCCGACUGCCACGACCUCACGGAGCGCGUGGUGCACGACCUGUCCAACGCCAUGCGCACCAACCUCAACUACGACGUGAGUCGCCCCAAGGCGCGGACGGCUGCCCCAGCGCCGCCGCCAGCCCCCGCUCCGGUUGAGCGACCAACAUCUGCGCCGCCAGUGCAGGAGAAGCUGCAGGGAGACCCAAACGACCCGCACACGCUGCUGAAGGCCGUGUUCCACUACUACUGUCGCUUCGGCCGGACGGGACCCAAGGGCCUUGGCGAGAAGACUCUAGACAACUCGAACUUCGUCAAGCUGUGUCGCGACUGCCCCGACCUGCUGGACUCGUCCUUCGGCAAGACCGACGUGGAUCUCAUCUUCGUCAAGGCCAAGAAGAAGGGAGAGCGGCGCAUUAACUACGCGCGAUUCUUGGACGCGCUGGGCAUGAUCGCUAUCCAGAAAUACGGCGACAUGGUACGCGGAGCGGCAAGCUCUUCAAUUGAUAGGUGUUGGUAG